AUGAUUGACACUGGGCAUCAGAAUGAUUGGGCAGACAUUGAACUGCCUGAUGGCACUGUCAAGAGAUGUAACGAGCCCCGUGAGGCGACUGGUCACGAAUGGAUUGGAUAUACACUGUUCGUUCCUCUUGAUCGACCUAAUGCAGGUGAAAAUGAGCAGGAGACUGAGGACAAGAAUGCGGUGAAGCCAAAAGGAGUGAAGAUCCCGAAUGAGCCGUCGGAGAAUGAAAGAAGACUGCAUGAGUUGACGCAUCUUCCUUAUCGCGACUGGUGCGAGCACUGCGUACGAUCGAAAGGAAGACAGAACCAUGCAGUGAAGAGGAAUGACAGACAACCCGUCACCCAGCUCGACUUCUCCUUUCUGUCGACUGAGAAUGACCUUCCCAAGAGGACUAUCUUGAAUGCGACAGAUGUGCAGACUGGUUAUGCAAUGGCAAUUGUGCUUCCGGCGAAGGGAAGUGUGGAAAAGUAUGCCGUUGCAGAACUGCGCAGAUUUGUGUUCGAGAUUGGCCGGACGUUUGGAAUCAUUCAAUAUGAUAAGGAGAAUUCACUGAAGGUGAUUGCAAAGGACAUCUGCAAGACUGUUGGCGGUUUGUCAAUGCGUGCCGCCCCGACUGGACACUCUCAGAGCCAAGGGGGUGUCGGGAAUGUGCAGAGGACGUUGUAUGGACAACUGAGGACACUGUUGUCGCAGGUGCAAGAGAAGACUGGAGUGAAAGUGUCGUCGGAAUCUCCACUGUUCACUUGGUGUGUGAAACAUGCGCAAUGGUUGAUUAACCGUUACCUGAUUGGAACCGACGGGAAGACUGCCUAUUGUCGAAGGUGGUCCCGUGAGUACGGUGGAUCGCAAUGGUUCACUGGAGUGUACCUUGGCAAGGACACUGAAGCAGACGAAGUGAGUGGCCCCCCGACGGAUCCCCGAAUUUAG